AUGCAAUCUACCCGAAAGUCCGACGGACAGUCCAAGUCCAAGAGGAUCAUCACUCCCGCCCGACGGGACCAGAAUCGUCGCGCGCAGCGGGCUUACCGACAACGACGGAGAGAGAUUCUUGCCGAAAAGCAGGGACAGGCUGCUUCGAAACGGGAGUUGAGACCCGCGACUGCGCCGAAAGGCACGACGGCGAAAAGUCUGGACGUAGCUAGGAAAACCAUGCCAGCGAUGCUGACAGUAGAUCAUUUCUUUCCUCCGCGUAAUCCAUCUAGCAAUCGCGACGAGGAAGAGAACGUCAGAGACGAAGUACCGGAGAUUCCACCACCCCUAUUCAACACAUACACCCUCCUCCUCACAGCCUGCGUCUACAACGCCGCAGCCCUCGGGAUCAGCAUCGACCAAUUCUCCAGCUACAAUUGCAUGUCCCUGUGCUCGCCUUUCUACCGUCCCUACACCGCCAUGUCGGCCGAUCCGUCAUUACUCCUAGCUACAGUUACUCGCCCAGCCAUCCCAAUCCACCUCCGCCCGACUCUCCCCCAGAUUCUCUUCCCGCAUCACCCGCUCCUUGAUCUCCUGCCGCUGCCGGCGCUGCGAGCAAAAGCAAUUACCUUUUCUGCAACCGCGCCAUCCCUCCUCGACGCGGUCGAGUUUAAACGAGAUAUCGUCGAGAGGGGUGGGAUCGUAUGCUCGUCUGAGUCUGCCAGAGGGCUGCAACCGUGGGAUAUGCGUGCCUGGACAAUUGCGCCGUGGUUUAGUAGGAAGUGGCGGCUGCUUUCUGAGUCUGAGAAUCUCGCAUGCUCGUCUACAUAG